AUGGCUCUGGUUCCGAGCUCUGUGGAGCCCGCAUUUCCCCAACAGGGGGCCUUAGACUGGGUGGCCCUCUCGAACAUAUCCUUCAGCGCAUCCCUCGCGAUUCUUGGACGCCUAUCGGGAGCCGGACUGGAGCCGCUCACCGUCGCCAUAGCUCAAGCAAUAAGCAGCAAGCUCCCAAUCGGUAUCCACGGCGAACGGAGACUCGAUGAGGCCAUGAAAUCCUUCCGGUAUAGCGGCAGCUUCGGCCAAGUUGUAUGGUUCGGAGUCGGAGUCCGGCACGUCCUUCAAACCCUCGUCCAGACGUCUCAGGGAUCUUCGAGUGUAGCGCUCGCUGCCGCACUGUCCGAGGGCUUCACCAAUCACGUUGCGGCUUCUGUGCUUUAUGAGCUGUCAAAGUGUCACGGUAGCCCCUCAGAACUGACGCCAUCUUUCGCCCAAUGGGAGAGGUAUGCUCAGGUCUGUUCUGGCAUCUUCAAAACCUCGGGGCUCGGCCGCAAAAUUACCCAACUGGCAAGGAAUCUCGGCUUCGUCGAUCGGAACAAUCCAGCUCACUGGCGGGCCAGCGAUCCCAAGGAUAUCGCCAAGUUUCUGUACAAAGUGUCCGACAUCUUAACCGGAAACAUGUGCGCGAUGAGAGUCACCGGUGGCGCGACCUGCACCUGGGCUUUGGCGUUCUGUGAUUACGUACUUGGCUUGCGGGUGCAACUGCUCAAGGUCUCGGCAGACAGUUCGGAAGUGAUCUUCCAGAACUACGAUUCAGCAGUGCAUCAGUACCAGAUCAGUUUCGUCGUACCGUCAAAUCCGACUGGAUCUGAGCUUGCCCAGGCCAGCGGAACAUACUCACUUCUUCCCGCCGAGCAGAAGCUCAUUCACCGCCAACAACACUCGCAUUAUUCGAGAAACUCCCUUGAUCGGUGCAUAUCACAAGAUGCGGUGCUUAGAGACUAUUUUGGUCUUGAUACUUUGAAGAAGAUUCAGGACGUAUCAGAGGACUUCUCGGAGCUGCUCGGCGUUUUCGCCGUUCUGUACCACUUGUCGCCUAAGUCAAGAUUCCACGGGAGGUAUGCAAGUGCCACGGAUCUCCUUUAUCAUCUCACUGGAUCUUUGCCUGAGACAGAAACAUGGGUUUCAGCUGCUCAGGAAAGCAUUGAGUUCAUUUUCGAAACCUGGGCUGUCCAGCAAGGCGAGACCUGGGAAAUUUCGCUGCGGAACAAACUGAAUACUUCUCAGAGUAGCGCAGGAGGGGAAGAAGAACAGGCCUUUGUCGACAGCAGCUUCGGCGGUCUUUACAACGAAAUCUUGCAACGGAUAUCUAUCCGGGCGGGCAUUGAUAUUGCCGACGACUACUGCACUGUCUUGUUACUUACGGGGAUUCUUUGUGAUGUUGUUCUUGAUGAUCCACUCGAGCUGAGGCGAUUCGGGUUAAGUCGCAUCUUCGCUGCAAUUCAGGCGUACCGGGAGACCAGACACCAAUUCGCUCUUUAUGACUCGGACUUCAUCAGUGGACUUCCCUCCGCGCGACUUUUGAAGCAGUGUCUGUGGCUCUACACUGGAGAUUCCAUUAGCAAUGACGACAACCUUGGCCCGUCAUUGGCUCCCUACAGAGCUGAUAUGAGCAACUUAUGGGAUCAUAGCGCUGCUAGCUCGGGCGGCAUUUAUUGCUUCAUGGGCUACCUCAUGGAGCCUUUCCAGUCGCACAGCACCGCUUGCAAAGUGCAUGUCGGCCGUGGAUCGAUUGAGUUCAAGGACCGAUUGGCGCCGACCAUACUCGAUCGGGAUGCGGGGGAGAAAAGUCCGUACAGUGCCAGUAUAUCAAGCAGCUUCCCGAGAAGAAUGAAGGCCGAGGCGAUAGUGGAAGAUAGUAUGGUCCUGAGGCUAUGGUUUGAGCAAUGGGAUGAGGAUGGCGGGGAUCAGAGACAGGCUGUGGUUCUAGGUGAAGCACUGCAGGCCGGGUGGUACGGGUCUAAAGGAUUCUGGCGGGGUCCUUGCGGGACGUUGGAGGAUCCAGACAACCUGGAUCAGCAGCGACGUGCGCAGUGGAUGAGUUCAUAUGGACCCCUUGAGACCGGAGAGCGCCCGCUGACACUGAUACAAAGACACAGAUCGCAUUGA